GCGCGAAAAAAUCGAGAAAUUUCUGGACUCCAAAGGCAAAUCGACGACGUUCCGAGUCGGGCCGAACUUAAUCAGUACCAAUGCCGAUUCAUUGAGUUGCAUAAUCAAGUUUCGUGGAAGCACAAGGAGACCAAGCAGUAUUUCGCCCUCUACAAUACCCUCGAAGAUACGAGGAUGUACAUCAAUAAGGAGGUUAACUUGCUGAACUCAAUACAUGACAACUUCGAAAGAGCCAUGCAGUCGGAGAGUCAGAGGACAGCCUUCAUGAAACAGUUGGACCAAAUAGUUGAUGGCGUUAAACAGAGUAAAAUAAAAGUUGAACGUAAGAAACAGGAUUUAAAGAUGACGCUGAGCGAGCUGCAAGAUAAACUCAACGAAGUAUUGGACAGGCAAAGACUUUAUUUCAAAACUGUGAAGGAUUUCCAAGACGAGUGCAAGAAGAAUGAAUUGCUACAGAUGAAACUGCAGCAACUGACAUCGGCCUAA